AUGGAAACUGUACUGAACACCCAUCUAACAGCAGGGUUGGUUGCAGCUGUGAUUCUCUUUGGUUCCAUUGAUGUUUUCCAUGCAUUUUCUAUUAUGGAGAAGGAAGAUAUAUUCAAGAAGACACCUUGCCCAGCUUUCCUGAUGUUUGAGAAUGCUGCUUACCUGGCUGACAUGAGCUUUGAGUUGCCUUGUAACUGCAAGCCAGAGGAGAUCAAAUCUGUAGUUUGGUAUUUCCAGAAGAGCAUGGGCAGUGAGCAGACAAAGGUUUUGACAGACUUUGAUGGCACAUUGGUAGUGGACUCCACCCACAUAAAGGUAGGGAGUGACAUGCUCCGACGCUUCAGCAUUAGGAUGUUCAGUCUUAUAGUCUUCCGGGUUCAAGUGGAAGAUUCAGGGCACUAUAUCUGUGGCACGAAGAAAGGGGAUUUCUUUUAUGGCUAUGAUGUUGAUGUACAGGCUUCCAAAAGCAUAGCUGUUGCCUUUGCAGAUAAGGAUCAGCACCCCCAUCAAGACCAGGAAGAAAAAUACUUCAAAGUCUUCACUGCCUUCUGGGACUGGACCAAAUGCAACCGCUGUGAUGUCCGAGGUGAGCAACGGCGAAUUGGUCUUUGCUAUGUGAAGAGUCUUCAUUUGCUCAAACGAUACCAUACAACCUCAGAAGAGGUGGCAUCCUGUGGCUCAGGGUCAAUCCCAAAGCGGUUUCGAAAGGUCAUUCAGAUUAGAAAGCCUGAGGUUGUUAUCAGAAGUUGCACGGUGCCUUGUAGAGGGGAGACACCUUCCAGUGAAGGAGAGUCAUCAAUCUCUGACGUUAUCUCAAAGCUUGGAGAAAAACCCUGGGUCUCCAACAUCCCUAUGCAAUACCACAGGCAAUCCCUUGGCAGUGGCUUGAUAAUUUCCUGCCCUGGUGCCAGACCAGAGCAUGCUGUGGCCUGGGACAAAGAUUCAACUCGGCUGUACCUCACUAGGUUUCUCACUGGAGUCAAUAAGAGUAUGAGGGUCUUUAUUGACCAUGGAAACCAUCUGCACAUUCGCUUCACCCAGUUGAAUGACAAAGGCAUCUACUAUUGCUGGCGUGAGGGUCAAAUAGUUGCUGGUUUCCGGUUAUCUGUAAUUUAUGAGAGCCGCCGCAAGCGAAACCUUGAUGAUCCUGAGACACAGUAUGCGGUUAAGGCUAUCCUCACAAGUUAUGUCUUCAUUACCUUACUCUUUCUAACCAUCCUCGUUACCCGCUGCUGCAUUUAUGCUUUCAAAUGCUCAGCAACAGAAUAGCAUCUGUUAGGAAAAUGGCCAUGGGCUUUGAGUAAUUUAUCAUUAAUAAUAAUUAAAUAACUAAUAAUUAUUAGUUUGGCUUUGAAGAGUUAAAUAGCUGAAUGGAAGUGAAACACACAUUAAAAUGCUUUUUCAAGGAUCAAAUCUGAGAUGGUGUGCAACAAGUAUCAGAAAUAUGUGGACCAUCAGAUAUUGGACUGCAGCUCCCAGCACUCCUCAUUAAUUGCUGUGUUGAGUAAGACUGAUGGAAACUGC